AUGUCUUAUAACGAUAGGGAAGAAGAUGGUGGUAUCAAUGACAUGUUAGAUGAUUUUGGUAAUUUUAUUGAUCAUUUGGAGAGUGCAAGUGACAACGGUGUUUUUGUCUACCACACAAUGCCAGAUGAUGCAUUUGGCAAACUGUUAAAAGAAGCUCAACAACGGCUUUACCCUGAAUGCUCACAAUUUUCACAAUUGUCAUUUAUUGUGAAGUUGCUCCAUUUAAAGGUUUAUAAUAAAUGGAGCAACAAAUCAUUUGACAUGUUACUUGAAUUGUUGAAAGUUGCUUUGCUUGAACCCAACACACUACCUACGUCAUAUUAUGAUGCAAAAAAUUUAUUGCGAGACUUGGGUUUAGGGUAUACAUCUAUUCAUGCAUGCAAAUAUGAUUGUAUAUUAUACUGGAAUGAUACUGCAGAUCGGGAAGAUUGUCCUAUUUGUGGCACAACAAGAUGGAAAAUUAAUGAUGGAAAAGGGAAGAAGAUUCCUCACAAAGUGUUGCGAUAUUUUCCUGUCAUACCAAGGUUGCAGAGGUUGUUUAUGUCAAAGAGGACUGCUACUGAUAUGAGAUGGCAUAAAGAAAAACGCGUUGAUAGUGAUACUGUCAUGCAACAUCCAGCUGAUUCAAAGGCUUGGAAGCACUUAGAUACGGAAUUCCCAUGGUUUGCAGAAGAUUGUCGAAACGUCCACCUUGGGUUAGCAACAAAUGGAUUUAAUCCAUUUGGUAACAUGAGCAGUACCUAUAGACCUACUGCACCUAGUAAAGACAUUGAUGUAUACAUGCAACCCUUAAUAGAUGAUUUGAAGAAACUUUUGGAAGUUGGUGUGGAAACAUAUGAUGCUGUAUCUGGAAACAAAUUCACAAUGCGUGCUACCAUUUUGUGGACCAUAAAUGACUUUCCAGCUUAUGGAAAUCUAUCUGAGUGGAGCACUAAAGGAUAUAUGGCAUGUCCCGUGUGUAAUUACCAAACUUGUUCACAUAGGCUGCAUAGUAAACUUUGCUAUAUGGGGCAUCGUCGACACUUGCCACAUGACCACAUUUGGCGUAGAAGUAAAAAGUUUGAUGGUAAACCGAAUAAUGAAGGAUGCCCUAUUGCAUUAUCAGGGGAUGAUAUUUUGCAUCAAUUGGAAGAACUACAAGAUACCAUACUAGGAAAAUACCCAGGAAACAAAAAGAGAAAACGCAGUUUAAGUGAGUUAAAUUGGACAAAAAAGAGUAUCUUCUUUGAAUUACCAUAUUGGAAGCAUUUACUUUUAAGACAUAACCUUGAUGUGAUGCAUAUUGAGAAAAACAUAUGCGAAAACAUCUUAUGUACAGUGUUGGGUAUUGUAGGCAAAACGAAAGACACUUUUAAAGCUAGAUUGGACUUAGAGGACAUGAAAAUCAGAAAAGAUUUACAUUUGAAGAAGACAGAGUCUGGUUCUUAUGUAUUACCAAAAGCAUUUUACACAAUGUCAAAGAAGGAGAAAGUUCUCUUUUGUGAAUUCCUGAAGACAGUAAAAUUUCCUGAUGGCUAUGCUUCUAAUAUUUCUCGGUGCGUAAAUGUGCAUGAUGGGAAAAUAUCAGGGUUGAAGAGUCAUGAUUGUCAUGUUUUGAUGCAAAGAUUGCUUCCACUCGGGAUUCGAGUGCUAGCUUCAGAGCGUAGUAAAGAGGUUGUAACUGCAGUGGCUGAAAUAGGAGAUUUUUUUAUGCAGUUAUGUUGUAAGACUUUAAACUUGGAUGAACUAGACAAAAUGGAAGAAGAUAUUGUCUUAAUUUUAUGUAAAUUGGAAACUAUUUUUCCACCAGCAUUUUUUGACGUAAUGGUGCAUUUAGCGGUUCACUUGCCUUAUGAAGCAAAGCUUUGUGGCCCAGUUCAGUUUCGAUGGAUGUAUCCUAUUGAGAGAUUCUUGGCUACUCUUAAAAGAUAUGUGCGAAAUCGAGCUCGGCCAGAAGGGUCAAUUGCAGAGGCAUAUAUUGCUAAUGAGUGCUUAACAUUUUGUUCAAUGUAUUUGCAUGGGGUUGAAACAAAAUUCAAUAAGGAUGAGCGUAACGUGGAUUCAAAUCAAGAAGGUGGCUUAUCUGUCUUCUCACAAAGGUUGAGAUUGCUUGGAGCUGGAAAAUAUGUAGAGUUGGAUAAAAUGGAGAUUGAUAUGGCUCAUUGGUACAUACUCAAGAAUUGCGAGGAAAUCGAUUCAUUUGCUAUAGAGCAUAAAGAGGAGCUGAGACAAGAUAGUGAAAUGAAUAUUGAACAAAGGCAUAAAGAUACUUUUGCGAACUGGUUUAUAAGACUUGCAACAGAGGCAUUAUAUUCUUUAGCAUGUGGACCGAACAUAUGUUGUAAAAAGUAUACAGGAUGCAUUGUUAAUGGUGUGAGAUUCCAUACGAAUGCUCGAGAUAGCCGUAUUCGAAGUCAAAAUAGUGGAAUUAUGGUCGAGGGAAAUCACAAGGAUGAUAUCAUUGAUUUUUAUGGUGUCAUAUCAGAAAUUAUUGAGUUGGACUAUGUGCGAGGGCGACAAGUUGUUCUUUUUAAAUGCAAAUGGUUUAAUCUUGGUGAUAAACAAAAGGGUGUCAAGAAAGAUGGUAUCUUUACAAGCAUUAAUGUUGGAGGAACUUGGUACGAGAAUGAUCCUUUCAUCCUAGCUUGCCAAGGUCAACAACAUCGUCACAUUUUUGAUGUGGAAGAAAUGGAAGUUCAAAGGAUGGACAUUGAUGAAAAUGAGAACUUUGACAAUAUUGUUUACCAAGAAAAUGCGGUUCAUGGAAUUGCAGUACAAGCAAUAGAUAUUGAUGAUCAAUUUACAUCCCUUUACAGAGAGGAUGUUGAUCCUGACAUUGUAGAUGAAAAUGAUGUAUCUAAUUAUCUCUUCAAUGAUAGAAGCGGUCAUGGCGACAAUGUGGAUGCAUUUAGUGACGAAGAUGAUUAUGAUGAUACAUUACUUGAAUAUUGUAGUGAGGAUGACCAUAAUGACGAUGACAUUAAUGAUGACUGUGAUGAGUAG